UACGGCAGCGAAUUGGCACUGAUCUCUGAUUACACGCAAAACAAUUUCUCCACACAUUUGGCGAACCAAUGGCUUCGGGAGGAGUCGAGCGCUAGUCGGCCGUCGUUUUGGAUUGGCUUUCAAUCCAUCGACAACUUGUCCACCAAUACGUUAGAGUCGGCCUCCGGUCGGUUCGUCAGCAAAUACGUGGGCUUCUGGUAUACCGACGAACCCAACACCAGGAAUGGCGAGUGCGUCCGAUCCACGCUCGCCGACUGGUCGCCCGUCUUGGCUCAGGCCAACCAACAGACCUGGGAGAUGGCCCCCUGCGAAGACCUCUUGCCAUUCAUCUGCCAAAAACAGACCUGUCCUACAGGUUCGUACCACUGCUCUAACGGCAAGUGUGUGAACAGUGCGUUCAAAUGCGACGGUCAGGACGACUGCGGCGAUAAGUCCGAUGAGAUGGACUGCCAUCGCAAGUGUCACUACUAUCUGCAGAGUUCAGGCGACAAAGUGGUCUCUCCUAACUAUCCCAACCGAUACGACUCCAACUCGGACUGCAAGUGGACACUCGAGGGUCCGGUCGGCUCCGGUAUGGUCUUGCAGUUCAGCGAGUUUGACACGGAGGCCAACUUCGACACCGUUCAGAUACUGGCCGGCGGACGCACCGAAGAGUCGUCCGUCAAUUUGGCCACACUAUCGGGCCAUCAGAACCUGUCGUCCCGCGCGUUCACCACCGGCUCUAACCUAAUGAUCGUGAAGUUCAAGUCUGACGCGGGUGUGGAGAAGCGUGGCUUCCGGGCCUCGUGGAAGACAGAGCCCCAUAAGUGUGGCGGCGAUUUGUUCGCCACCGCAGCCGCUCAGGUGAUCACUUCGCCCCUCUAUCCCGAGCCAUACCCGGGCGGACUCGAGUGCGUGUACGUGAUAACAGCCCCACAGGGAAAGACAGUGACGCUGGAAGUGGUGGAACUGGAUCUCGAACCGGAGAAAGACUACAUAUCGGUGCGCGACGGCGCCGGCUCUACCAAUACACUGUUGGCCAAACUGACUGGCAAUCUGACCGACAACUCCCGAUACAUCGUCUCCACCGGUAAUAAGAUUUAUCUGUAUUUCUACACGAGUUUUGGUGACUCUCGACGUGGUUUUGCCAUCCGAUUCCGGGCCGGCUGUGAGAUCGAGUAUACGGCCGACUCCGGGAACAUCACAUCCCCGGCCUAUGGUGUGACCAAAUACCCGCCCAAUCAGAACUGCGUCUACCGUUUGGCCCGGCCUACCGGUGGAUCCCUAUCCAUACUGUUCAACGACUUCGAUGUGGCCACUGAUGACACUCUACAGAUCUUCGACGGCGUCGACAGCACUGGUAUUCCUCUGCAUCCGAGCCGUGGCUUCAGCACCAAAACCAAACCACACGGACUGACACUAUCGGCCUCUUCGGGCAAAAUGCUAUUGCAGUUCAAAAGCGCGGCGAUGACUGCCGGGAAGGGCUGGUCCGCCAGUUUCUCAGCCGACUGCCCACCGCUGAAGAUCGGUGUGAACGCCGUCGCCUCCACCCGUGGCAUAAUGUUUGGCGCCAAAGUGACCUUCACGUGUCCAACCGGUCAGGAGUUCAGCAACGGUCAAACCAAACUGCACACGGAGUGCCUUCAGGGCGGCCGAUGGUCUUUGGCCACGAUUCCCGACUGUCAGGAGCGCUACUGCGGACCAGUGCCACAGAUUGACAACGGUUUCGCCGUGGGAUCAACUAACGUGACCUACAGGGGAACCGCUACCUACCAGUGUUACGCCGGUUUCGCCUUUCCCUCCGGUAUGCAUACGGAACACAUCCGCUGCACAGAUGAGGGCAAAUGGGAACGACUGCCCCUAUGUCUGGCCUCUUCGUGUCCACCACUGCCCGAAACCCCAAACGCCGUUCAGUCUGUGAUGACCGGCGGAAACAACCGGAGCUACAGUUACGGCACAAUCAUACGGUUCGAGUGCGAACCCGGCUAUCAUCGACACGGCAUACCUGUGAUCGCUUGCACUUCGGUUGGCCAGUGGUCUGGUCUGCCGCCCACUUGCGAGAGAGCCCAAUGCCAUACACUGCCCACCAUUGAGUACGGCUUCAUUGUGGACACACAGCGGCGCUACCUCUUCGGCGACGAAGCGAGGGUUCAGUGCAAUCGUGGCUACAAACUAGAGGGCCAUCCGGUGAUCAAAUGCGGACCCAAUCAGACCUUCGACAAUAUGCCGAAGUGUAAGGACGCCGACGAGUGUCUGUCCUCCUCGGCGUGCGAUAUGGCGUCCACUCAUUGCAGUAACACAAACGGCGGCUUCUUCUGCAAGUGUAAGGAGGGCUUUGAGCCGAACCUCAACUGUCGACCCGUCAGCGAUCUCGGACUGUCCACCGGAGCCAUACCCGACACCGCCAUCAAAGUGUCGGGCGUCGAGAACGGCUACAAACGAUCGGAGAUACGUCUGGACGCCGCCCGGGGUUGGUGUGGAUCAGUGCCAAGAGUGGGCGAGAAUUACGUGCAAAUAGACUUACGCGCGCCGACAGUCAUCCGCGGUUUCCGCAUACAAUCGGUGCAACGCGUGGACAACACUCAGGCCUAUCCCAUAACCGUACGGCUACAACACGCCAACGAACUGACCGAUCUGUUCCGCGACUACAGCGACCUCUCCGGCCGACCCGUGCAGUUCCGGUUGGCGCCCAACGGCGGCUCCGGGCUAUCCAUUGUCAACCUUCCCAUACCAUUGGAGGCCCGAUACGUGCGACUCCUGAUAAUGGAGUUCGCUGUGGCUCCGUGUAUGCGGUUCGAGCUGAUGGGCUGCUCCCGACAGGACUGCACCGACGUUAACGAGUGUCUCGACAAGAACGGCGGUUGCGACCAACGGUGCGUCAAUAGCCCGGGAGGUUUCAAUUGCGUGUGCAAUAUCGGUUACGAGUUGUAUACUUCCAAUGGCACCGCCGGUUAUGAUGUGGCCUCUGGCGAGACUGGCGUCAGGGAUGGCGACGUGUUUCGCGUGAACAAGACUUGUGUCCCGAAACAGUGCCCACCGCUCAAGAGUCCCACUAAUGGCAAACUCUUGUCCACCAAAAGUAAAUACCAUUUCGGAGACUCUGUUCACUACUAUUGCGACUUCGGGUACGUAAUGGUCGGCAAUCCGACCCUAAUCUGCGGCUCCAACGGCCUCUGGAACGGCACGACACCGGAGUGUGUGUACGCCCAGUGCCCGAUGCUAUCGGACGACAGCGGACAGGGUUUGCGCGUAACCCACGAAUCCACCGAUAAGUUCAUACCAUAUCUGACCAACACUACUGUCCAGUGUCUGGAAGAGGGCCGACCACUGCGAGGGACGGCCAGCGCUGGCUUUCGGCAGUGCGUCUACGAUCCCAAAGAAGGUCGACACGAGUUUUGGCUGUCGGGAGCGGCGCCCGCCUGUCCUCGUCUGGACUGCGGGGCACCCGUCGAGUCGAACGGCGCUACAUAUGGUUUCUAUGUGGACACCAGAUAUAAGGCGAGCUUCUUCUACGGCUGCGACGAGACGUUCACUUUGGCCGGAAAGACCGAGCGCUCAGACAACGUGAUCCGAUGCGGCGCCAAAGCCAACUGGGACUUCGGCGACCUCCGCUGCGAGGGACCCGUCUGUGUAGAUCCCGGACAUCCGCCCGACGGACAACAAAUGGCCACCAGCUAUGAACAGGGCUCGCAGGUGUCGUUCACCUGCGACCGACCCGGAUAUGUGCCGUACUCUACGGAUCCGAUCACUUGCGUGAAGAACGCCGACUGCAAAGUGAUCAAAGCCGUGGGCAUAGCCAGCGGUCUGAUACCCGACAACGCCAUAAACGCCACUUCCCAGCGAAGUAACUACGAGGCCAACAAAAUACGGCUCAACUCUGCCACGGGUUGGUGCGGACAGCAUAACGAGGCCUUCACAUACGUUACGGUCGAUUUGGGCAAAGUUUUCCGCGUGAAAGCACUUCUGGUGAAGGGUGUGGUCACCAACGAUGUCGUCGGCCGACCCACAGAACUCCGCUUCUUCUAUAAGCUCCGCGAGUCCGACAACUUUGUCGUCUAUUUCCCCAACUUUAACCUCACGAGCAGAGAUCCGGGCAAUUACGGUGAGCUCACUGUCAUUCCCCUACCCGUGUCGGUCACCGCCCGUUACGUCAUCCUCGGAAUCGUGUCCUACGCCAAGAAUCCGUGCCUCAAGUUUGAACUCGUCGGCUGCGAAGACACCAAAGAGGAGAUACUCCUGGGCUAUGAUAACGGCUACCCGGUGUGCGUGGAUCAGGAGCCGCCACACUUUGUCAACUGUCCCAAUGGGCCCAUAGUUGUGACCAAAGGCGUGAAUGGCAUACUUCCCGUCAACUAUACCAUCCCUACCCCUAUCGAUAACUCUGGUUUCGUGGCUCGAGUCGAAGUCCGUCCCCUUGGCUUCAAACCACCAAUGAUUGUCUUCGAGGACACAGUCAUCGAGUACUUUGCCUACGAUAGCGACGGUAAUGUCGCCGUCUGUGCCGUCAACAUAACAGUACCCGACGAGACACCGCCGGCCCUCUCCUGCCCGCAGUCUUAUGCCGUGGAACUGACUGAACAACAGGACACGUAUUUCGUCAACUUUAACGAAACCCGGCGUCUAAUCAACGCCACCGACGAGUCCGGCGAAGUCCGCAUUCAACUGAUCCCCGACUCAGCGAUCAUUCCGCUCAAAGGCUACCGCAAUGUCUCGGUUGUGGCCACCGAUCGCUUCGGCAACGAAGCCUUCUGUCACUUCCAGGUGUCCGUACAGCCCAUGGCGUGUGUCGCGUGGGCUCUCGACCAACCGACCAAUGGUGUGGUCAACUGUAUGCCCAACGACGGCGGCACCGGAUACAGGUGUUCGGCCACUUGCGACCCCGGCUACCGAUUCAUCGACGCCGAGCCCAUCAAACACUACGAGUGCUCCGCCGGACAGCAGUGGACGCCCAGCGCUAUAAUCCCCGACUGUGUGCCCGAAGACACGAACGAAGCCUCGUAUGACGUGAUCGCCUCAAUCGAGUACAGGAGCGGUGGGUUCGCACCGCCGGCCUGUAUGUCGGCGUACGUCAACUACGUGUCCAGUUAUUACCCGAACCUCAACCACGUGCUGUCCGAACGGUGUUCAGCCAUCAACGUUCAGAUGGCGAUCAUAUUCUUCAACACCACAAUCACCAUAAAGCCCGACACAAACGCCCUGUCCGUGGAGUACGUCCUGCGCAUCGAUCCCGCCGUUCACUCCAAGAUGUUGUACGACUUGUGCGGCUCAACGCUAGGCCUCAUAUUCGACCUGUCGGUGCCGUCCACGUCGGCCAUCAUCGAGCCGUUGCUCAACAUAUCGUCCCAACAAGUGGGCGGUUCCUGUCCUUCGCUGAUGGCUAUGCGCUCGCGAGUCAACCGUGGCUUCACAUGCGUUGCCGGAGAGAUAUUGAACACCAACAACAACACCGGCACCACCACCACCAACGACAAGAACAACCCGCGAUGUCUGCACUGUCCGGCCGGCACUUUCGCCUCCAAAGACAUGCAAAUGUGUACCGACUGUCCGCGCGGUUGGUAUCAGGACACCACUCGACAGGCCUCCUGUCGCCAGUGUCCGGACGGCACGUUCACCAAAGACAAGGGCAGCAAAUCGCUGUCCGAUUGCGUUCCCGUUUGCGGUUACGGCACUUACUCUGCCACCGGACUCGUGCCGUGCCUUCAAUGCUCGGGCAAUACCUACUCAGGAGUGCCGCCCAGCGAUGGCUUCAAAGAGUGCAACACUUGCCCGGAAAACACGUUCACAUACUCUGCCGGCGCUAUCGGUGUGAACGAGUGUCGCAUCAAAUGCCCGGCCGGCACCUACUCGGAGACCGGUCUGGAGCCCUGCGCCCCCUGUCCUACAAAUUUCUACCAAGAUAAAGAGGGACAGACCAGCUGUAAGGAGUGCUCCAGCAAAGAGCUCACACUAAGACCCGGUGCGCUGAGUCCCGAGGCGUGCACUGCCGGUCAGUGCAGUUCAAUCACGUGUCAAAACGGCGGUAUUUGUAUUGUCCUCAAUCACGAGCCCUCGUGUUACUGUCCGGCGGGCUUUUCCGGCGCCCUCUGCGAUGUGGACAUCAAUGAGUGCCUAUCGGAGCCCUGUUAUAACGGCGGCACUUGUGUCGACAACCCUCAGGGCUAUUCAUGCAAGUGUCCCGUCGGCUACUCCGGCCUCCAGUGCCAACUUGUGCGGUCCGAAUGCCAUAACGACACCUGUCCUGAGAAGGCUAUGUGCAAAGACACGCCCGGUUUGGGCAACUUUGAGUGCCUGUGCCGCUCGGGCUAUGAGGGCCGCAGCUGUAACAUCACAAUCAAUCCGUGCACUCACGCCGACAAUCCGUGCGAGAAUAACGCCCAAUGCGUUCCCCUAUUGCAGGGCCGCUACCGGUGCGAGUGUGGCGCCGGUUGGACGGGCCGUAAGUGCGAGAUCAACAUCGAUGACUGCGCCGAAGAGCCCUGCCUUCUGGGCGCCAACUGUACCGAUUUGGUCAACGACUUCAAGUGCGACUGUCCUCCGGGUUUCACCGGCAAGAGGUGUCACCAGAAGAUCGACCUGUGCUCUAACAACGGCCCCUGCGUUAACGGCCUGUGCGUCGACCGGCUCUACCAUCACGAGUGCAUUUGUAACCCCGGAUGGACUGGACUCAAGUGCGAGAUGAAUGUGGAUGACUGCGCGUCCGAGCCGUGCGAAAACAAUGGCGAAUGCAUUGAUUUGGUGGACAGUUUCCGGUGCGCCUGCGAUAGCGGCUAUACUGGCAGCCGAUGCCAGCAUCAGAUCGACUCGUGUGAGUCCAAGCCCUGUCAAAAUGGCGGCUCGUGUUUCGACCUCAUCGACGGCUUCAUGUGUCAGUGCAGACCCGGUUUUGUUGGCCUUCAAUGCGAGGCAGAAGUGGACGACUGUGUGUCCAAUCCGUGCAACGCUUUGGGAACCGAACGGUGUGUGGAUUUGGACAACAACUUCCGGUGCGAGUGUAACGCCGGCUUCAGUGGCGAACUCUGCGAGACCAACGACAACGACUGCCAGUCGAGCCCGUGUCUGAACGGCGGCACCUGCUCUGACUCUAUCAAUGGGUACAAGUGCUCGUGUCUGCCCGGUUGGUCCGGCCAUCGGUGCGAACGUGACAUCGGUAUGUGUGAGUCGAGUCCCUGUCAUAACGACGCGAAGUGCGUCGACCUCUUCCAGGACUACUUCUGCGUGUGUCCGUCGGGAACAGAUGGCAAACGGUGUCAGACAUCGCCGCAACGCUGUAUUGGCAACCCGUGCCAACACGACGGCAUCUGUCGCGACUACGGCUCCGGACUGAACUGCACGUGUCCUUCAAAAUACACGGGAGUCGGCUGUCAGUACGACUACAGGGCGUGCGAUGAGAACGUGUGCCAAAACGGCGCCUCCUGUCACGACUACGGCGAUGGCUAUCAAUGCGAAUGCGCCGCCGGAUUCACGGGACGUAACUGUCAACACGAUGUGGUCGACUGUACGCCCAACUCGUGUCCGCCAACCGCCACCUGCAUAGACCUGACCAAUGGUUUCUACUGCAAGUGUCCGUUCAAUCAAACGGGCGAAGACUGUCGCAAACCAAUUAACAUUGAUUACGAUCUCUAUAUCAACGACGAGAGCCGCUCGUCGAGUGCGGCCCUUAACGCCCCCUUUGACCUCAUGGAAGCCCAGAGUCUGACCGUUGGUCUAUGGGUUCAGUACAUCGAAGAGUCAAUCGGCACUUACUUUACCCUAUACUCGGUUGAGUCCCCACACCUGCCAAUUGGCAAACGACCGCUCAUUCGGGCCAAUCAUAACGGAAUAUUCAUCUCGUUGUUCGCGGAUCGACUACAAGACGUGUUUAUGCCAUACCUGGAGAACGUGCCCAUCAAUGACGGCCAAUGGCACUACAUUAACGUGAUUUGGGACGGAAGGGACGGAUUCCGGCCAAAGUGA